AUGGUCGAGUUCAACUAUACGGAUAGCAAUGAUAUCCAAAUUAUGAGCGAUGGCGAGCCGCUGGUGUAUAACCUCGGCAACAUUGCAUGGAUUCUAACGUCGACCAUGUUGGUCUGUCUCAUGAUCCCCGGUGUCGGCUUCUUCUACUCAGGCCUGCUUCGCCGCAAGAAUGCACUCUCGAUGAUCGCCAUGUCGAUGAUGGUCAUGGCUGUGGCGUCGUUUGAAUGGUUCUUCUGGGGCUUCUCUCUUUCUUUCAGUGAAGGUGCUUCCAGGUUUAUUGGCGACCUGAAACACUUUGGUCUUAUGCAUGUGGAUAUGCAGGUGUCUAUGGGUGGCGACAAGCUUCCCCAGCUUGUCUACUGUAUUUACCAGAUGAUGUUUGCGGCGCUUACACCUGUCAUCGCCUGUGGUGCGUUUGCCGACCGCGCACGCAUCGGUCCGAUGCUUAUCUUUGUGUUUUGCUGGUGCACCAUUGUGUACAAUCCUCUUGCGUGCUGGACGUGGAACAGCAACGGAUGGAGUUACGUGAUGGGUGGCCUCGACUAUGCUGGCGGUACGCCUGUGCACAUUAGCUCGGGAACGGCGGCGCUGGUCAUCUCGCUCUACCUGGGCCGCCGCCGUGGGUACGGUACUGCCGAACUGGCUUAUCGUCCGCAUAACGCGACGUAUGUCGUUCUCGGCACUGUUUUCCUGUGGAUUGGAUGGUUUGGCUUUAAUGGUGGCUCGGGUAUCGGUGCCAACCUGCGGGCUGCCCAGGCAAUCAUGGUGACACACAUUGCUGCCUGUGUCGGUGGACUGACAUGGAUGUUGUGGGACUACCGUCUUGAGCGUAAGUGGUCGAUUGUUGGUUUCUGUUCCGGUGCGAUCUCGGGUCUUGUGGCCAUUACGCCUGCGUCUGGUUUCGUCGGCACACCCUCAUCGCUGGUGUUUGGUGUGGUCGGUGCUACCGUGUGUAACUUUGCUACAGGCUUGAAGGGUCUGCUGGGUUACGAUGAUGCUCUCGAUAUCUUUGCCGCUCACGCCAUUGGUGGCAUUACCGGCAACAUUCUUACAGCCCUGUUUGCGGACAACCGCGUGACGAGCUUUGAUGGAACGGACGUUUCGGAUGGUGAUGGUUCCGGCUGGAUCAACCACCACUACAUCCAGUUGGGCUACCAGCUUGCUGACUCGUGCUCGGGCUUUGGCUGGUCGUUUGUGCUUACCUUUAUCCUGCUGUUCAUCAUUGAUCACAUCCCAGGCUGCAAGUUCCGUUCGGACGAGAGGGAUGAAGUGAUUGGUAUGGAUAUCUCGCAAGUGGGCGAGGAGGCGUAUGCUAUGCCACACUACAACCACUUGGAAGCGCACCAACCCGUGGAGCUUGAGACAUUACAACACCAUGAGAUGGAAGAGAAGCAGAACAUCUCUGUAUCGAAUGCAACGUCGCAACAAGCGUCGUUUAGCGAAGCUACGCCGGAUAUCGGCCUGCCAAGUCCCCCUAUUGUCAUGCCUGUGCAGGUGCCCAACUCGACAGCGUAA